GACGUCAGCGUCCUCUUCCGCCCGCUCGGCCCCUGCCAACGAGACAGGGCAGCCCGAGCCGCCGCCAUUGUUGCCGGUCUUUUUUUCCCUUCUUCCCCCGCGCCCCUGCGGAGAAUCCGACGCCAUCCGCCAACAUGGUGAACUUCACAGUAGACCAGAUCCGGGCCAUCAUGGACAAGAAGGCCAAUAUCCGGAACAUGUCAGUGAUUGCCCACGUGGACCAUGGGAAAUCCACCCUGACUGACUCGCUGGUAUGCAAAGCUGGAAUUAUCGCCUCGGCCCGGGCCGGUGAGACUCGCUUCACUGACACCAGGAAAGACGAACAGGAGAGGUGCAUCACCAUCAAGUCGACGGCCAUUUCCCUCUUCUACGAGCUUUCAGAGAACGACUUGGCCUUCAUCAAACAAAGCAAAGAUGGCUGUGGGUUCCUGAUCAACUUGAUUGAUUCCCCUGGCCACGUGGAUUUUUCUUCAGAAGUUACAGCUGCCCUGCGUGUCACCGAUGGUGCCUUGGUUGUUGUGGAUUGUGUUUCUGGGGUGUGCGUCCAGACAGAGACCGUUCUGCGCCAGGCCAUCGCCGAGAGGAUCAAGCCGGUCCUGAUGAUGAACAAGAUGGACCGGGCUCUGCUGGAGCUGCAGCUGAAGCCUGAGGAGCUGUACCAGACUUUCCAGCGCAUCGUGGAGAACGUCAACGUGAUCAUCUCCACGUACGGGGAGGGUGAGAGUGGCCCUAUGGGCAAUAUCAUGAUCGAUCCAGUCCUUGGCACUGUUGGGUUUGGUUCCGGCUUGCAUGGCUGGGCUUUCACACUGAAGCAGUUUGCUGAGAUGUACGUGGCCAAGUUUGCAGCCAAAGGUGAAGGGCAGCUGAACUCCACUGAACGUGCCAAAAAGGUGGAGGACAUGAUGAAGAAGCUCUGGGGUGACAGAUACUUUGACCCAGCGACCGGCAAGUUCAGCAAAUCUUCCACCAGCCCAGAUGGAAAGAAACUGCCCAGGACGUUCUGCCAGCUGAUUCUAGACCCCAUCUUCAAGGUAUUUGACGCAAUCAUGAACUUCAAGAAGGAGGAAACGGCCAAACUGAUCGAGAAACUGGACAUUAAGCUGGACAGCGAGGACAAGGGCAAAGAAGGCAAGCCUCUGCUGAAGGCUGUGAUGAGGCGCUGGCUCCCUGCUGGGGAAGCCUUGCUGCAGAUGAUCACCAUCCACCUGCCUUCUCCCGUCACUGCUCAGAAGUACCGCUGUGAACUGCUCUAUGAAGGGCCCCCUGAUGAUGAGGCUGCCAUGGGCAUUAAGAAUUGUGACCCGAAGGGUCCCCUGAUGAUGUACAUCUCCAAGAUGGUACCGACCUCUGACAAAGGCCGCUUCUACGCCUUUGGCCGGGUGUUCUCCGGGGUUGUGUCCACCGGCCUCAAAUGCAGAAUCAUGGGACCAAACUACACACCAGGCAAGAAGGAAGACCUCUACCUGAAGCCAAUCCAGAGAACCAUUCUCAUGAUGGGCCGCUACGUGGAACCCAUUGAAGAUGUGCCUUGUGGGAAUAUUGUGGGGCUGGUUGGUGUGGACCAGUUCCUGGUCAAGACAGGAACCAUCACCACCUUUGAACAUGCCCACAACAUGCGUAUCAUGAAGUUCAGCGUCAGCCCUGUCGUGCGUGUCGCCGUGGAAGCCAAGAACCCAGCGGAUCUGCCCAAACUCGUUGAGGGCCUGAAGAGGCUGGCCAAGUCUGACCCCAUGGUGCAGUGCAUCAUUGAGGAAUCUGGAGAGCACAUCAUAGCUGGAGCUGGAGAACUGCACUUGGAGAUCUGCCUGAAGGAUCUGGAGGAGGACCAUGCCUGCAUUCCCAUUAAGAAAUCCGACCCAGUCGUGUCUUACCGGGAGACUGUUAGCGAGGAGUCAGGGGUGUUGUGCCUUUCUAAGUCGCCCAACAAACACAACCGCCUGUACAUGAAAGCCCGCCCCUUCCCAGACGGCCUGGCUGAAGACAUUGACAAGGGUGAGGUCUCAGCCCGCCAGGAGCUGAAGCAGCGGGCCCGUUACCUGGCAGAGAAGUACGAGUGGGACGUGGCUGAAGCCCGCAAGAUCUGGUGCUUCGGCCCGGAUGGAACCGGCCCCAACAUCCUGACAGAUAUCACCAAGGGGGUACAGUACCUCAACGAGAUCAAGGACAGCGUUGUGGCUGGCUUCCAGUGGGCCACAAAGGAGGGGGCCCUCUGCGAGGAGAACCUGCGGGGAGUCCGCUUUGAUGUGCACGACGUCACCCUGCAUGCUGACGCCAUCCACCGUGGGGGCGGCCAAAUCAUUCCCACGGCCCGGCGGUGCCUCUAUGCCUGCGUGCUGACGGCUCAGCCCCGCCUCAUGGAGCCAAUCUAUCUGGUGGAGAUCCAGUGCCCUGAGCAAGUAGUGGGUGGCAUUUACAGCGUGCUGAACAGGAAACGGGGUCACGUCUUCGAAGAGUCCCAGGUUGCUGGAACCCCCAUGUUCGUGGUCAAGGCCUACCUGCCUGUGAAUGAAUCUUUUGGUUUCACAGCUGACUUGAGAUCCAACACAGGGGGCCAAGCCUUCCCACAGUGCGUGUUCGACCACUGGCAGAUUCUCCCCGGGGACCCCUUUGACAGCGCCACCCGGCCUUCUCAAGUCGUCAGCGAGACGCGCAAACGCAAAGGGCUGAAAGAGGGCAUCCCCGCACUAGAUAACUUCCUGGAUAAAUUGUAAACAAAACAAAUGAAAUAUAUAACACCAGAUCUAAAAGAAUAAAUUUUAAAAAUUGC